CUUUCUCUUUGCAGUUUCCAGAUGCAGCCACAGAAACUCAAAGAAACUAGUUCACUGUAGGAAGAUCACGGAUUACAGUUUUCUGCGUGGAAAUUGGGCUUCAGGUUUUUAUCAUGAGAGGGAAACUUUUGAGGUUUUCCUGCCUCAUGCCAGAACACUAAAUUACCUUUUUUUUGUUCUUGUGCUGUUACUUUUAUUUAUAUAUAUUUAUAUUUCUAAGUUUGGACACAUGGACUGAUCACAAGUUUUCACAUCUUGGAAUAAUGAGCCACUCCUCCUGGAUUCAUCUUUAUUUGGGGAUUAAACAGCUGUUUUAGAGAAGACUAUGGUACAUUUUCCAAAAGCUAUGGAAUUGUGUUUGCGAAUUCACCUUUUUACGGCUUUUGUCUCCUGUAUUAAGGUUUAUGCUCAAGUGGUACAACCUGCAAAGCAUCCAGGCCUGCAGGUGUUGGCCACGGCCUCACAUUAUUGGCCCCUCGAUGCUGUGGACGGAAUCCAUGAGCUGUGGGACCAGAUUGGAAACAGACCAGGUUAUGUUAACGGAAGUAACAUAAACAUUGUUGAGGGAAUGGUCAACAAGGGCAUCUUUCUGAACGGAGAUAACGGCGGGACCUUUCUCCACUUUGGAAACUACCAAAACUCUUGCAUUAGUGACCCUACUUGGUGUGGUCCAGAGGGGAUUACCUUCUCCUUUUUUUGGAAGAACCAUGAAGCAGAGUCCCGUUUUGCUGUAGCCUCUGGAGGGAAAGUUGUCUCUAAUGGCUUCUCUGUCUACACCAAUCCCUUUGGAGGAUAUGUUGAGUUUUACACUCGAGGCAACAACCACAGAUGGAAGGCCAACAUCAAGGUCCCAGGGCCUUACUGGACCCACAUUCUCUUCACAUGGACGAAAAAGGAUGGUCUGAAGGUCUACAUCAACGGCACUUUCACUGCUGGUGACCAAGCCGGCAGUGUCUCAGAUUAUUACGGUGACCCAUAUCCUGACCUUGUCAUCGGAACUGGCAACGACAGAGCUUACGGUCACUACGUAACAGGUGCCUUCGAUGAGUUUGUCAUAUGGGAAAGGGCCCUCUCACCUAACGACAUCUUGCUCUACUACAGUGCAGCCACAGGUCAGCCCAUAGUUUCUGCCACAACGCCCAGAGUCUCCAAAGAAGUCACUUCAGUUACACCAACAGUUAGAGCCACUGAGGUGAGUCCUCCUGUCGUCAGCAGUCAGCUCGAUGAGGUCCAAAGCUCCGAGGACCAGCAGUCAUUGCCGGUGUUGGGCUUCCUUAAAGUGCUGCCCAAUAGGACCAUUCCUCACAACACUGCCAACAACCUCACACAGGCUUUUCUCAAAAGUGUGGAAGAAGUGCUCCCCGCUCCAGGACUGCCAGAGCAGUCCAUCCCUGUGGUCAGCGGCCUGAUCGAGACCGUGGACAGAGUGAUGGAACACAUGGUGACUAACCUGGAGCCCAGCCCGAACUCCCUCAUCUCCCUGGGUGGAACAUCUUUUGUUGCAGAUUACUCUCUGAUGAAAUUCCCACAAAACUACAACCUGCCACAUUACCGCUUCCCCGAGCAAGGCAAGAAUUACAUCUCCGUGCCUGGAGAGGCUUUCACCAUGCAGUCUCAAACCACCAUUGUUGGCCUCUUCUACCACAACAUGCACAGCUACUACAAAGAGAUCAGCCCCGUCAAGACCAGGAUUAAUGAAGCAGCUGAUUUCAUGGAUCAUAAGAUCCAGGUAGCAAGCUGUCUGAUCUCUCUAAAAGUGGAGCCUUCACCGGCCCUGUCAGUCAACCUCUCUGGAGCUCCACUCAUCAAGAUUGUCCUCACACACAUGCUGACUAAAGAACAGCAAGAGCAAGUCCUAAAUCAGAGCAAUAAAGUCUUCCUCUACUGUGCCUUCUUGGACUACAGUUCAAAGGAGGGAGUAUGGUCCAACGAAGGUUGUGUACGCUCAGAUGGGAACAUGACAUACUCUGUGUGUUUGUGCAACCAUCUUACCAACUUUGCCAUACUUAUGCAAGUGGUGCCCUUAAAGCUCACUACCGGCCACAGGGUGGCACUGUCAACUAUUGGUUAUGUUGGCUGCUCAAUUUCCAUCUUCUGUCUUGCCAUCACUCUGGUGACUUUUGCAGUUCUGUCGUCAGUGAGUACCAUCCGUAACCAACGCUACCACAUCCACGCCAACCUGUCCUUCGCCAUCCUGGUGGCUGAGAUCUUGCUGCUCAUCAGCUCUCGCUUUGACCCGGGCACACUGCCUUGUAAAAUCAUGGCUGUCCUGCUUCACUUCUUCUUUCUGAGCGCCUUUGCCUGGAUGCUGGUGGAGGGCCUCCACCUGUACAGUAUGGUGGUCAAGGUGUUCGGCUCUGAGGGCAGCAAACACUUCUACUACUAUGGCAUCGGCUGGGGCUCUCCAUUGGUCAUAUGUGUGGUGUCUAUGACAUCAGCUCUGGGCAGUUAUGGCGAGGUUGACAACUGUUGGCUGUCACUGACGAACGGAGCCAUCUGGGCAUUUGUGGCACCGGCCCUUUUUGUCAUUGUGGUGAACAUCGGCAUUCUGAUAUCUGUGACCAGAAUCAUAUCUCGAAUCAGCGGAGAGAGUUACAAGAUUCAUGGAGAUGCCAAUGCAGUCAAGCUGACUGCAAAGGCCGUGGCUGUGCUCCUGCCUAUCCUUGGCAUUUCCUGGAUCUUUGGCGUUCUCGCUGUCAACAUGCACUCUUUGCCAUUCCUGUAUAUUUUUGCUGUAUUCAACUCAUUACAAGGGUUCUUUGUCUUCUUGUUUCAUUGUCUUCUCAACUCUGAGGUCAGAGCUGCUUUCAAACACAAAACCAAGGUGUGGUCUCUUACCAGCAGCUCCAUCCGAAACAUCAAUGUGAAGCCAUUCAACUCUGACAUUAUGAAUGGAAACAAGGAGGGCGUGACUCCCACCAAGAUGAACACAUGGGACAAAAGCACCAACUCAGCCAAUCGUAUCGACCUCUCUGCCGUGUAAAAGCAUUUCUGUCUGUGGCCAGAGAGCAAUCUGAAGUUCACUAGUGUAGAAUGACAAACACUGGCCACUGCCCGCCACGUUAUGUAAUAAAUUGGACACUCAUUUGCUCAUGUGAAAGUGAUACCAAAGGAGGUGUUGUACAGCUGAAUAUUGGCUUCACCUUUAAAGACAAACAGACUCUUAGGACUGUGCCUUAUUAUGUCUCAUAGAAACAUAUUGUGUUCCCAAAAAACAAGAACAGGGAUAGCAGAGGAGGCCAGUGAGAGUCUUAACACCCAGGAGUGCAGUUCAGGGUCUGGCAACAACGCUCUGUGUAGACGAGCUUCUAGAUUUGUCCGUUGCAUAAUCCAUGUAUUGCAGUUGAUUUUGUAUUUGGCAACGGAAUAGUUUGGCAUUUUGGGAAGUACGCUUGGUUUCUCGCUGAGAGUUUCAUUAAAAGAUUGAUACCACUUUCAUGUCUGUUCAGGGAAUAUUAAGCUACCGCCAGCAGCCGGUUAGCUUAGCAUAGCAGACUGGAAACAGGAGAACAGGUAGCCUGCCUCUGACCAAACGUGAAUCCACCUGCCAGCACCACUCAAGCUCACUAACAUGCUAUAUCUCAUUUCUGAAAUCUGUACCACAACAGAAGUGUGAAAACGACACGGUAUGAUUUUAUAGUAAUAUGCCGGACUAGGUCACCAAGGUAGGUGUUUCCAUAUUUCCAAAAUUUGUGCUUAGCUAAAGUAAAUUGCUGCUGGCGGCAUGUUUAGCAUACAGAUAUGAGAGUGCUAUCUUUUCAUCAAUCUCAAAUGACCUUAUUUCCCAAAAUGUUGAAAUAUUCCUUUAAAGGUCCAGAGUGUAGGAUUUUAGGGGAUAUAUUAGCAGAAAUGGA